AUGCUGCUCUUCGUCGCCGGCAACGUCCUCAACUUCCUAUCCUUUGCCUUUGCGGCACAGUCCCUGCUGGCCGCCCUGGCUGUGGUCCAGUUCGUGGCCAACGUGGUGUUCGCCCGCCUGAUCAACGGCGAGGUGGCCACGCGCCGCGUCCUCUGCGCCACGGGCGUGGUCAUCGUCGGCUGUGUCCUCCUCGUGGCCUUUGGCAACCAUGAAAGCCCUGUCAUGGACGCCGACGACCUGCGCCACCUCUACACCGCACCCGCAUACAUUGGCUACUUGGUGGGGCUACUGACGCUGGCGGUGGUGGCGGCUGGCGUGCAUGCCUACGGCCGCAAGGCCUACGAGAGGGGCUGCCCCAAGUGGCACCACUGGGUGCCCCUGGCCUUUGCGGUGUACGCUGCGGCGCUGGGCACCCAGAGCAUUGUGUAUGGGAAGUCCCUGGCCAUGCUGCUGCGCAAGUCGCUGCAGGGCCCCACGCAGCUCACGCACUGGUACACCUACGUGGCCCUGCUCCUCUUCCUGGCCUUUGCCGCCUUCUGGGUGGUCAAGUACUCUGAGGCCAUGCGUCGCUUCCCGGUGCUCACCAUGAUGCCCAUGUUGAUGAUCAUGUGGGUCCUCAUCUCCAUGCUGUCGGGCAUGGUGUACUUCCAGGAGUACCGCACCUUCACCGUCCUGUCGACCGCCAUGUUUGUGCUGGGCUCCGCCACACUGCUGGGCGGCAUCUACCUGCUGGCGACGUGCAAGGAGCCCCUGGUGGUGGGCCCGACGGGGUCCGCCCGGCCCAGCCCCCAGUCCAGCACGGGGGCCUCGUGUCGCAGCGCCCCGCCUGGGCAGGACCCGGCGGAGGACCUGGCGGAGGCCCUGUGGGGCGACGUGGAGCGCAGCGAUUCCGCACACCCCGGCGCCCCCGCUGCCUGCGGCCCGCGCUUCGGGCCCACGGCGGCGGCGGGGCGGCUGGCGAGGAGCACCAGCACGGGCGCCGGCCCUCCGCCCGCCCACCUGGAGCACGAGCCCUCCUCCCCCCCCGCGCUGCCGCUGGCGGUCCCCGUCGGGGCGCUGCAGCUGGCCCAGAACCCCGUGUUCGACAUGCCGUGCUCCCCUGGGCCCCCCUCCUGCCGCCUGGGCGCCUGGAGGGAGCUCCCCGCCCUGGGCCGGGCGUCGCGCGUGCCGGGGGCGGUCCUGCGCCCGUCCCUGGCGCUGCAGGAGGCUGAGGACGGCCAGGGUGCGGAGCCCGGCGAGCCGGAGACUCGCUCCUGA